AGAUCCUGAACAAGGUCACACGGUGUACUGAUAGCAGUACCAUUGGACAGUAGUGAGCUGUUCAAACGCUGCAGCUCCUUGUGUGUGCUGUGCUCUGCCUGUGCUCUGCUCUGAUCCACACUGUGGCAUAGCCAUGGCGGACAGUGCAAGCGAGAGUGACACUGACGGAGCGGGCAGCAGCUCGGCUACCCCGAUGUCCUCCUCUGCCUCGAACUCUGGAAAACCCAGCAUAGUCAUUUCACAGUUUCGCCUGGAGGAGCUCACGAACCGCUUGGCCUCGCUACAACAAGAAAACAAAGUUCUCAAAAUUGAACUGGAAACGUUCAAACUCAAGUGCAAAGCGCUGCAGGAGGAGAACCGAGAUCUCCGCAAAGCUAGCGUCACCAUUCAAGCCAGAGCUGAACAAGAAGAAGAAUUUAUCAGUAACACCCUGUUUAAAAAGAUCCAAGCCCUGCAGAAAGAAAAGGAGACCUUGGCAGUUAACUAUGAAAAAGAGGAGGAAUUUCUCACAAAUGAGCUCUCAAGGAAGCUCAUGCAACUCCAACAUGAGAAGGCGGAGCUGGAACAGCAUUUGGAACAGGAGCAGGAGUUCCAGGUAAACAAGCUCAUGAAGAAAAUAAAGAAGAUGGAGAAUGAGACCAUUUCAAAGCAACUAACCCUAGAACAGUUACGGCGUGAAAAAAUUGACCUGGAGAAUACAUUAGAGCAAGAACAGGAGGCCCUGGUCAACAGGCUGUGGAAAAGGAUGGACAAACUUGAGGCUGAGAAAAGGAUCCUUCAGGAGAAGUUGGACCAGCCUGUGUCAGCUCCUCCCUCCCCCAGGGAUGUUUCCAUGGAGAUCGACUCGCCAGAGAACAUGAUGCGGCAUAUCCGCUUCCUCAAGAAUGAGGUGGAGAGGCUGAAGAAGAGCCUCCGUACCACAGAGCUGCAGCACACUGAGAAACGUGCUCAGUACAUUGAAGAGGAGCGGCACAUGAGGGAGGAGAACAUCCGGCUGCAGAGGAAGCUGCAGCGGGAGAUGGAGCGCAGAGAGGCUUUGUGCAGACAGCUGUCUGAGAGCGAGUCCAGUCUGGAAAUGGACGACGAGAGGUACUUCAAUGAGAUGUCUGCCCAGGGUCUGCGAGCACGCACUGUCUCCAGCCCCAUCCCUUAUACCCCCUCUCCCAGUUCCAGCAGGCCAAUAUCACCUGGUCUGUCAUAUGGAGGCCACACAGUUGGUUUCACGCCUCCAGCCACUCUGUCCCGAGCAAUGCCCCACUACAACACGCCUGCCCUGCACGUCCACGGAAGCUCCUCUCACGCCGUAGCGAGGCCCUCUCCUAGAAGAAGCACCAGCCCAGACAAGUUCAAACGUCCGACGCCCCCACCCUCCCCGAACACGCACUCAGGGGCCCUGCAGCCUCAGCCCCCGCUCCCCCCUCCUGCUCAGCCCAUGGUCCAGUCCAUGUCCUCCCCGGCAGCUAUGCACACGGCCGGAGCCAGCACAGCACAGCAGCCUCCCUCCCAGCCUUAAGGCCACAAGCGCUCCUCGAUGGGCCCAGCAAAUGCCCUACAAAUGCCACGACGCUACUGCAACAGCAACUUCCAUUAAUCCCAGCGGUGGACGGCAACAUCUGACCACCUCCACUAACGAAGCAGCUCCGAAAAGGAGAAAAACCUGAAGGCGGCAUGGCACGUUGGCAGUGAUGCUAGCUGCCUUUCUUAUAAAUGUGGCGUUACUUCUCUUAAAAAGGAAUGGAUGGACUAAAAAUUAAUCGCUUCUUGGGAUUCGCAAGCCCAUCAUCUGUUCCACAUUCUGUCGUGUACAUGUUACGUUUUUGUUUUUGUUGCUUGGGACUGUAGCCGGGCUGAGAUGUUGUGGCGCUUUUUGACAUAGCACAAAGGACAAUGGUGGCGUGUUCUGAUUGGUCUAGAGAGUUGGAAUGUUUGGAGCAGUGCUUGGAUGUUUGGCUAGAGAAAAAAAGAUGUUGGAUGUGGUUGAUUCUUUUGUUUUCAUGCCUAAAAUAUGACUCACAGUAAUUGUCCUCCACGCUGGCACACCCCCACUGCUAAAACACUAGCAGUUCGCAUUUCACAUAACCCAGAAUUUAACACUGCUUUGAUUAUGGCCAACAGGGCAAGUCUAUAAUAGCAGGGCAUUGAUCAAAUAGAAUUCACCAUGCAAUUCUUCUCCAAAGCCCUUCAAGGUAUCUUCAGCUCAUCAGUGUAAUAGAAAAAAAUACAUAGAGGACACUGGUACAUACUUACUGAUCAAUGUCGCCUUUUUGAGGUGUAUAAAAUGUAGUCCGAGGUGUAACACUUAGUCAUGUACUCAGUCUCUUUUCUGCUCUUCUCUGGUGAACGCUUCUUUCAUCCUAAUGGAUAUUCCUCAUCAGAAAAAGGAAAACGCAUAAUGCUCUUCACACUAAAUAUACAUACUGCUAUACAUUCUAAUUGAAUGGUACUGUUGAUCAAAGUUUCUAUGUAUGAUUAAAGCUCUUGAGAUGACAACACUUAA